AUGGGGCCUGUCCUCCACAGCAUCUCCACCACUGCAGUAGUUGCAGAGUUCAUUCUGGGGAAUCUGAGCAAUGGAUUGAUAGUGCUGAACAACUGCAUUGACUGGAUCAACAAGAGAGAGCUUUCCCCAGUUGAUCAAAUCCUCAUUAUCUUGGCAAUUUCCAGAGUUACUCUCCUCUGGGAAACAAUAUUUAUUUGGGUUAAAACCCAAUCAAUUUCAUUUAUUACCAGAGAAGAAUUAAAAAUACUUGUGUUCUGCUGUAUACUAUCUAGCCACUUCAGUCUCUGGCUUGCCACAGCCCUCAGCAUCUUUUAUUUACUCAGAAUAGCUAACUUCUCCUGGCAGAUCUUUCUCUACUUGAAAUGGAGAGUUAAUCAACUGAUUGUGGGGGUGCUGCUGGGAAGCUUGGCCUUCUUGCUUGCAAAUCUGAUGCAAAUGAGCAUCACUCUUGAAGAGAAGUUGAAUCAAUAUGGAAGAAACACAACUGUGAAUUCCAUGGAGAGAGAUUUCACAUUACUUUCAGAGUUGAUCUUAUUCAACAUGACUAUGUUCUCUGUAAUACCAUUUUCUUUGGCUUUGGUAUCCUUUCUCCUGCUAAUAUUCUCCUUGUGGAAACAUCUCCAGAAGAUGCAGCUCAAUUCCAGAGGACAUGGAGACCCCAGUACCAAGGCCCACAGGAAUGCCAUGAAAAUUAUAGUCUCCUUUCUCCUGCUUUAUGCUACUUACUUUCUGUCCCUUCUGAUAGCAUGGAUUUCUGAGAAACAUCGUAGUGAACUGGUUCACAUUAUUUGUAUGAUAACUGGACUCAUGUAUCCGUCAACUCACUCAUUAAUCUUGAUUCUAGGAAACUCUAAAUUAAAGCAGACUUUUCUUUUGAUACUGAGGCAUUUGGGAUGUAGGCUGAAAGGACAGAAUAUCCCAACUACUUAA